AUGGACUGUAAAAAUGGAUCCGAUGUGACUGAGUUUAUUUUAUCAGGAUUUUCUGGACAAUGGGAACUUCAAAUUUUCAUCUUCAUGGCAUUUUCCUUGAUCUACGGGGCUACUGUGGUAGGAAACAUUCUCGUUAUACUCACAGUGACAUUGAGUUCCACCCUUCAUUCUCCCAUGUACUUCCUCCUUGGAAACCUCUCCUUUUUGGACAUGUGCCUCUCCACUGCCACAACACCCAAGAUAAUCAAAGACUUGCUCACUGAACACAAAACUAUCUCGGUAUGGGGCUGCAUGGCCCAAAUGUUCUUCAUACAUUACUUUGGUGGUGCUGAGAUGACUCUUUUGAUAGUCAUGGCCUUUGACAGAUACACAGCCAUAUGUAAACCCCUGCACUAUAGGACCAUCAUGAGCCAGAGGUUGCUCAGUGGGUUUGUGAUACUUUCAUGGACAGUUGGUUUUAUACACACCAUGAGCCAGAUGGUGUUAAUAGUGAACUUGCCCUUCUGUUGUUACAAUGUCGUAGACAGCAUAUUCUGUGACCUUCCGCUAGUUAUCAGGCUGGCUUGUGUUGAAACAUAUACCCUGGAAUUAUUUGUCAUUGCUGACAGUGGGUUGCUCUCUUUUGUCUCUUUCAUCAUGUUGCUUAUCUCUUACACGGUUAUCCUAGUCACUGUCCAACAAAGAUCAUCUGGAGGGAUCUCCAAGGCUCUCUCCACAUUGUCUGCCCACAUCAUUGUGGUCCUUGUGGCCUUUGGACCCUGUAUCUUUAUCUAUGUUUGGCCAUUCAGCAGUUUUGCAAGCAAUAAAAUCCUUGCCGUAUUUUACACUGUUAUCACACCCUUACUCAAUCCUAUUAUUUACACCCUGAGAAAUCAGAAAAUGCAAGGGGCUAUGAGAAAACUACUGUUUCGCCAUGUUACAUCCAUGUGGACAUCAUAG